UAACAAUCACCCCCAUAAUCUCCAAACCCAAAAACCCCCACAAAACAAUUCAUAAAGAAAAGGUGUCAAUGGGGGAUAACAAGCAGAGAACGGUGGCAAUGGCGAGGAUGGAGCUGGAGGAGCUCUACUCCGGCAUCCCGGACGAGUCUGUCAACCUCACUUUUCAGGACAUGGGCAAAGUCGACCAGCAGAAAUCCGGCUCCAUGGACCGGAGCACCGACCGGCGGCGUCCACUGAAGCCGACCUCCGGUCCCCUGCAGGAGAUGAUGGUCAACAACACCAACAGAGCCGCCAUCGUCGUCCCCUCGAGAAUCCCUUCCCUGAACAAGAUCCCUUCCCUCGAUUUCAACCGGGGCCUCGAAGCCGCCCGCAUCGAGGAGGAGGAGGAGCCCCGCUCCGCGCGGAUGGCGUCGCCGGCGGUGACGGACGUGUCUUACGAUGGGUACAAUAACAACAAUAGGAGCUCGAGGCAGUCUAGCCUGAUGGGCUCGCCGCACGGGAUGAUCAGCCCUGCCGCGUCGGGUCGUCAUUAUCAGCAGCAGGGUGGCGGUACGCCGGCGGCGCAUCAUUACGGUGGUUCGCGGCGGCAGCAGCAGUAUCCGAUGUCUCCUUAUGACGUGAGCGGGAUCAGCAUGGCGACGAGCGGCGGGACGCCGGCGUAUGACGUGAUGGGGAAAGGGCGGAGGCCGGGGAUCCCUCAUUCCAAUAUCUGUACCGUUUGUUCUACCUACAUCUACAUCUUCAAGAACCGCUGCCUGGUUUGUGGGAGAGUGUACUGCAGGAACUGCGUGGACAUGGGAAUGGGCAAUAUGCCAGAGGGGAGAAAAUGCAUCGAGUGUCAAGGCAGAAGAUUUAGUGCCAGGUACAUAAAGAAAGCAGGGACGACAGGGUGCUGCUCCCGAUACCCGGGGACGAUGAAGCAGGCGGAGCUGAAAUGGGCGGAGAAAGGGCCCAGGAAGAGCGGCGAGAAGGCGUACGGCCAGCAGGGCGGCGGCGGCGGCCACCGUGGCAUGAAGUCAUCGGGGCCGCCAACGCCGAUAUCCCCGUUGACCCCGUCAAGGAACCCGCCGUCGUAUCUCAUGGGAUCCCCUUACUCUCCCUAUUCUUCUUCUCACCACCACCUCCCGCUCUAGUCAAUGCUGGCCGUUGAAGACGACGACUGGAGCAAGGAUUAAUAUAUAGUUCGAUCGGUCGGUCCACGGGUCUGGAAUUUUAUUGAUCUCUUCACAGAUUAGAGUUACUCCAAGACGCGCGCGGGGGCGGCAGAGCUAGCAUAUAAUUAAAGCUUCGUUCUCAUCAUUAGUAUAUCUUUGUUUAUUCGUGGUUCGUUAAUCGUCGUUUCAAUAAUCGCAGUUUAGAGUA